AAAAUGUUCAGGUCACCCCAUUCCCAAAAUCGAAAAGCGAACCAAAAACUGCUCAAAAACGCUAGGAUAGAACUUCCAAAAUCCUCAGGAACAACACAUCUUCCAAAGACCAAAAAUCACCCAAAGACACCAGCUAGAGCUAAAGACGGAAGUCCUGACUCAAAGAAGCGAAAGAAGGGCCACAUUGGCAUAGCUUUGCCAUUAGACCCAUCUUUCCCUUGAACAUGCUCUGCUUGCACUGAGCAAGCCAAACAUAAAUAAGCCUUCUGAAAAUAAGAAAAAUCUUGACCUGGAGCAUGGAGCUUUUGGCUCCAUGCCUUGUGAAGAAGAAUUAGAUUUUCGGAAAUAUGAAACAUUAGUCAAGGUAAAGAGGCUCCCUGGAGAUACCGAAGCUACUCCUGGCAAUCAGCCUGCAACAGAGUAUCGGAAAUAAAUUCAACUUGCUUUGGCUCAUGGAGCGAUUGAUACCUAUCAAUGAUAAGAUUCGAGGCUGCAGGGUUAACUUCCCUGAAACAGUCUUUUUCCACAAAGGAAAGCCUAAAAUUAUGAUAAAAACUGACAAGGAGGGAAGCCUUAUAUGUGCUGGGAAGAGUUUUAGAAAAAUCAGCCUCCAUCAAAUCAAAACAACAUUUUCAUCAAUUAUACUUAAAAGAAAGUUGAAAUUAAACACCUCUAUUGGUCUGGCUAAGAAAAAAUUUCAGAACAUCAACAAUUCGAUGUCAGAAUCAUCAAUAUUUUACAUAGACACUGCCAUCUUAUGCUUAAAAGGAAAUAAAAUCAAAAUACUAAAUAACAAAGACUUCAUAACCAUUUUCUCUCUCAGAGAGAACGAGCCUUACUGGAACUCAGUCAAAUUCGUGCAAUCAAACGUCAAAUCUAAGAUCGGGAUUGGUAAGAAAAUCCCCUUUCUGUUCCUAUUCGAUAUGGAAAUGGACAAUAGCGAAAAUGAAAAUCCCAACGAAGCUCAGUUACAACCAAAAGAGGUCCUGAAGCACACCAAGAAUAUCCCCCUGAAAGAGUACGAAGAGAUAAACUACAUUGAUAGUCAAGUUGAGGACAUCUCUCAGUUGCAAGGAAAGCAGCUUUGAUACCAGUAUUGUCUCAGGAUCGGCUAUUACCUCCAAAAAGUCCAUGGCAUUGAAAUCUUGAUGAUGACCACUGAGUUUACCAUCGAUGAUGACGGAGUUCUCUGGCUCACAGAUGCUCGUGAUAUCUCAGUCAGAUUUAGAAGAAAUCCAAACUCUUCAGUUCAGUUACACCAACUAAGCACGAUUUCCAAAACUACAGGAGGAAAACCCUUCUAUGCACGAAAAUUCGAAGGGGACAAGAUAGAUUUUUCUGGUGAUACACUUGAUGAAAAUGAUGAGAUUACCAUCAAAAUGAAUUAUGCCCUCUGUCACCACUACCAUGAACUUAAAUCAAAACUAGGUCUUGAUGGAAAGCAUGAAGAGACACAACUUCUUCAUGAGUCAUCCUCCUCUAACAUUUAUCCAGACAUUGUACUUAGACAUAUGGAAGAAGAGAGGCUUCGCAAAAUUCGUCGAGAAAAUCAAUUCAAAAUUAAGACCAGAGAUGAACUAUCAGUUGAAAGGAAGCAAAUAAAAACAGCUUCAAGUAUCCCAAAAGGAUAUAACACUCAUCUUGCAAGUCAGGAAUUAAGAAUGCUGAAAAACCACUUAUCAGCUUCAGACUCUUACUCACUUGUAGAUCCGGAUGAUGUCCGGUUUGUAAGGAAAAAUCUUUCUUCAAUAGCUCAUAAAAACCGGAAUAAUAUCUCAAAUAUCUAUGAGCCACCGCUAAAGCACUCAUUCCUCAAGGAUUAUUAUCAAGAAAAUUUUGCUAGGAAGAAAUACAAAGCACGUGGAGGCUCAUGAGAAGAGCCAGACUUCACAACCAAUCAGCCAAAGCCUCGCUCUUCAAAAUCCCUAGCAUUUAGAAGAGCUAACAGGAAUGCCCCUGGGCCAACAUAUGAGCACAAUACAUUCAACAUCGACUGGACAAAUAAAGGAUUCAUGCCUAGUGUUAAAGAUUUCAAGAAAAAGAUCAUGCGAAGAAUAUCCUAUCUUAAACAGAUCACUGACCAGGACCAAAUUAAAAAUCUUGAUUAA